CUCCCUCAGGGUGAGGUGUGUGCGUAACAAGUGUUGACCAGCAGACUGACGGAUCUCUGACUAUAUCUUUGAAAUGAUCGCAACAGAGAUUUUGUGAUACGAUGUCGGAUGUAUUUCACAAAGCCGCGAGGGAUGGCUUCCUGAAGAAGCUAUCACACGCCACCAAGCGGGACUGCAAUGCGCCUGACGAGGCCGGGAUGACGCCCACGGCAUGGGCGGCCUUCGAGGGAAAUCUUGAAGCCCUCAGACUUAUCGUCAGCAGAGGAGGUGAUCCCGACAAAUGCGACAAUUUCGGCAACACGUCACUCCACUGCGCGGCUGCCAAAGGCCACGUUCCUUGCGUCACUUUCCUCGUCAACUUCGGGGCGAACAUCUACGCCCUGGACAACCAAUACCACAGCCCCAAAGAUUUGGCCGCCAUCGGCAACAGGCAGGAAGUGCUACGCUUCCUCGACUCCGCUUCUGCCAAACAACAAUCCAAAGACCCAAAUAAAGUGAAAAAAUUAAAAGAAAAGGCUGAGAAAGAAGUGGAAGUGAGACUUCAGAAGUCAGAGAAGCUGCAGAAGCAGCUGGACAAAGCAAGGGAAAUCGAGCAACAAAAGCUAGACAAGGAACGAGAAAUGCUGGAGAAGGCAGAGAAGGCAGCAGAUGAGCCGCGCCGGAAAAGUUUCAUGGCGACGAUCUCGCGAGGUUCCAUUGGACUCCUCAGCAAGCCACCCAGGCGAGACUCGACGCAGCUCCAUACGGGCAGCAGCGCGCCUGGCUACGCGCCCUCGCCCACAUUCUCCGACCUCACAACCAGCGCGUCCUCCAAGAAGACGGCAACCAGCAUCCAGAAGAAAAUAUUCAACAAGAAACUCCUUCAGGAGACUAACAGCAGUAGAAUUACAAGAGAUGGCGAAUUCAAGGUUCGGGAAGAAGGCAGCUCAGGAAGCAACUCCGUACGACAUCUGACGGGGCUGCGGCGUGACUCUGAGAUCAUCCUCGUGCCAGACGCUCUCAUCAGCGCCUCCGCAGAAGCGGGUGGCAGACACGCGAAGAUAAGUGACGUAUUCAACGGCCAAGAACGUCGUAUGAGCGACUCGACCGACGGCCUGCGUCACCAGUCCCAGUCCAUGCCAGACUUCGGUGACGUUGUGGCCCUCAAACCCAAGGGCUCCAUCUUCGACAGGCCGGGCUUUGGCUCAGUGGCUUUCAGGAAUACCUUAACUGGGACAUUUAGUGGACUUGGCAGCAUCGUCCCAGGCGUUGGGCAGUUCGACGAGGAGGACGACGAGGAUGAGGAGGAAGAGAGUGGAUCUCGUCCCCAGAAGAGAGCUGGCAGGGAUGGUCUGGGGAGUGCAGGGUCACUCCAUGAUUCCAGUAGCCCCUUCGAGGAAGAGGACCUGCCCAGCGACGACGAGUCGGAGGCCUCGCCACUCUUCUUCUACCUCGCGGGGUUGGGACUCGCGCAGUACAUGAAUAUCUUCACUCAGAACCACGUCGACCUCGAGUCUCUGAAGCUACUCACCGAGGACGAUCUCAAAGAACUUGGUCUCCCUCUUGGUCCUCGAAGAAAGUUACUAAAUAACACGCGGGAUCACAGAGAGAAAAGUGCAGCUGCCGCGGCAACAGCACCACGGCCAUCACCAACAGCCGCUCCGCUAGCACCUAUAACAUCAUCGUCAUCAGCAGCCGGUGAAGCUUCAGUACAAAAAGAAACAAAGAAUGAAGAAAAUACGAGCUUAUGAACGUCAUUCGUUUCAAUGAAUACAUUCAGAGCUUACGUUAUCCUCUCAACUACUGGCACAAUUCACAUAGAGCCUCGUACAUUCACUUAUUAGUUUAAUUGAACAACAAAAUGGAGAAAAUGUUAAUUGUUUGCAGCAUUGACUUCGGCUCUGUAAGUCUUGUUAUAUGACUUGAAUGGCAUCGAAAACAUGCGAUGGCUGUAGGCGAUUGGUCACGAUUUCAUUGGUUGCAUCUUCAUGUUUUUGGGUUGUAUGUACCUGCCGGACGUAUGUACCUGCCAGACGUAUGUACCUGCCAGACGUAUGUACCUGCCAGACGUAUGUACCUGCCAGACGUAUGUACCUGCCAGACGUAUGUACCUGUCAGACAUAUGUACCUGCCAUACGUAUGUACCAGCCAGACGUAUGUACCAGCCAGACGUAUGUACCUGCCAGACGUAUGUACCUGCCAGACGUAUGUACCUGCCAGACGUAUGUACCAGCCAGACGUAUGUACCCGUCAGACAUAUGUACCUGCUAUACGUAUGUACCAGCCAGACGUAUGUACCAGCCAGACGUAUGUACCUGCCAGACGUAUGUGCUUGCCAGACGUAUGUACCUGCCAUACGUAUUUGGUUUUCCAGACGUAUGUACCAGCAAGACGUAUGUAUUUGCCAGACGUAUGUACCUGCCAUACGUAUUUGGUUUUCCAGACGUAUGUACCAGCAAGACGUAUUUAUUUGCCAGACGUAUGUACCUGUCAGACGGAUUCAAGGUAUUAUGAUCCUCGAGUGUGAACGAAAUUUCUGUAGCUCGGAACUUCUCCCUAGUCAAUCAGUCUGCACUCUCAAGACAGAUUUUUUUAUACUUUUAGCAUGAGUCGAUCAGGAUAUUUUUUCUACGACACUCAACUACCCUCAUUUAGCCCUUUGCUUAUAAUAUUUCAAAGAAGAGGGCCUCAUGUAAUAACGCCUAAGGAAUGUUGUUUAAGGAACAUUAGAUGUAAAUUAAUAUUGUAAUGAAUAUAUUCGAACCUUCUGCAGUUGGAAGUAACAUGAGUGUGUACAAUAGUAUAUGAAAUCAAUUUUUACUUGCGAACUAAAGCUUGAAUUUGAUUUCCCUCUUUCGGAUAUUCCUCAUUUAAAUCAUUAAUUUAGUUAAAGUAAAAUGCAAAAAAUUAAUACUUCAAUUUAUUCGUAAUUUCAUUCAGAGCUUUGGACUGUCCAAUGCGUGUAUUAUGAAUGCUUCAGAUCAUUCUCUGACUGCCUCAUUUCAUUUGUUUUUUGAUAUCGUAUUUUAUAGUUAUACUCAGAGUUAUUUUAUAGAAAAUUUAUUGGAAGUUUAACUUUCAAGGCGGGAUUACGGGAGAGAUACUACACUCAGAAAAAUGUAUGAAAUUUUGUUCAAAUAGCAAUGCACUUUUUGCUUUUGUGUCUGUAUCCUGACCCAGAUGGCCCGACUGAGAGCGCUUCACAGCAACGUCCUCUCUUUGCUCGUGCUGUGGUAAGGAAAUGUAUCAUUAUUCUAACAAUAUGACCCACAUAUUUUUCUUAGUGUUUGACCACAUUAAAUUCAUGAAUGCAAGACAAAGCCUUUCAAACAUUAAGGGGCUGUUGCAUCUGUAAAGUGAUCGAAAUGCCUACGAGGUCGCAAAUUGUUUCACAUUCUUACGUUUCAUGAGCAUCGACGGGAAUACUGAGAGUUAAUACAUGAUUAGUAAACGAAAUUGUGAUAGAAAUAAAUGCCUUGCAACCCCAUGCUUUAAUUUGUUCUCUGUAGGUUACGAUGCAUAAGCUGCAUCAACGCAGUUUCAAUGGAACAUUUAUUUAAUGAUACCUCACAAAAUGGCCGAUACCUGGAAUUCAGAUCAUGACUAUAAUUUACUCACCGCGCUAAGAAAUAUUAACUACGAAUAAUAUCAACAGUAAAUUCAUCCAUUAUAUAAGAUUGAUGUACGUAAUUACCGUUUUCUGAUCUGUUAUGGUAUCAUGUACAAUAAUCAAAGCCUUAUGUAACUACAGUUGA